UCGGUUGAUUGCCCCGGGUGGCAAAGAUGAUGUGCCCAGGGGCCAACGUGGCGAAAGUUGGGUCAAAGGUCCAACCGUAAUGAAAGGAUACUGGAACAAGCCGAAGGAGACCGAAGAGACAUUCGCCGAUGGCUGGCUGAAAACAGGGGGCAUCGCCGUGAUCGAUGACGAAGGAGAAGUUACUAUUGUCAAUCAAAUGAAAGUAGAACUUAUCAAAGUAAAGGGGCUCCAUGUGGCACCGGCUGAACUAGAAGCUCUACCUUUGGAGAACAAGGAUGUCGCGGAUGCUGCUUUUAUAGGCGUAUCGAUGUUAGGGCCAUUGUCUGACAAUGAAGAGCGUCCCCGGGCAUACAUCAUCCCACAAGAGGGUGCUAUAGCCGGCGAGAAGGACAUCUCUGAUUACCUCGCUGGUAGAGUGUCGAAGGCCAAGCGGUCGACCGGUGAUGUCAUAUUCACAAAGGACAUAUCGAAGAAUCCAGAAUAG